AUGGAUGAGCAGAGAUAUCUCUACGUCUCUGCCGUCGGAAAAGAUGAAGUAAGACGAUAUCGAUUGGGGGAGAAGAAUGGCACUCUCGUGGCUGGUGGUAAUGGUGCAGGGGGUGGUCUUAAUCAACUCAAAGUGCCGGGAUAUCUCUUUGUCGAUCGAGAUCAUUCAGUGUACGUAUCAGACUACUCCAAUCAUCGUGUAAUGAAAUGGGUGGAAGGUGCAAAAGAAGGUAUUGUUGUCGCUGGAGGACAAAACAAAGGGAAUGCUCUGACACAAUUGUGUUAUCCUCUCGGAAUCUUCGUUGAUACCUUGGGUACACUCUUUGUAAUAGGCUCGGGGGAUUGUUGUGUAAUGCGUUGGACUCAAGGAGACAAGAAACAAGGCACUGUAGUUGUGGGUGGAAAUUAUCGGGGAGCAAGAGCAAAUCAGUUCAACCGCCCCUGUGGUUUGUCUUUCGAUCGACAUGGUAAUCUCUAUGUCGCCGAUGGCGAUAAUAAUCGUGUUCAACGAUUUUCUAUCGAAUAA